UAAGAGAAGAAAAAUAAAUCAGUCCGAAAAAAACACAAACGAAGAUAAGACAAAGGCUUUGUGUUUCCCCAAGAAAGUCUGAGUACUUCAAUCAGAGCUAAGUGGGUUUGUUGUUCUUUUACCACCAAUCUCACUCUCUUCCCCAGAUUUGUCCAAAAAGAUCUCUCCUUUAUGAAUCUCUAGAUUCUUUACAAACUAACCCACUUUCAAAGUCUCAACCUUUCUUCCAUUUUCUAGGGUUUUUGAACGCUGUCUGAGAAUUAGGGUUUAAAAGCUGGUCUCUUUUUAGCCUUUUAAGCUUUAUCUGUGAAGAUUUGUCGUGGAGAUGGGAGAGUGCGAGGUAGAUGGAGAAGAGAAGUUGAUCGCUGCUGCAAACUAUCUUCUCCAGGAGCUUAGAUCUGGCAAGAGCCUCUCUAGAGACGCUAAGAAGGCUCUAGGGAGUCUCUUAUCUGAGCUGUCUCGUGUCGUGGUGGCCAUCCCCGAGGAUAAUAAUAGAUACGAGGGAGAUGAGAUUGAGACAAGACUCAAUCUCGUCUGCGAGAAGAUCAUGACUCGCGAGGUCGAUGAAACGAUGAUCUGGGACUUAGGCUCAGAUGCGGGCAACGAGUUUCUAGACGCUGUGAAUGAGCUGAGAGUGUUGAUUGAUCGGUUAGACGGAACAGAGGAGGAUGUCUCUCUGAGAAAAGCUCACGACGUUCUCCAAACGGCGAUGGCGAGGCUGGAGGACGAGUUCAAGCACCUCCUCGUGGAGAACAGGUUGCCUUUCGAGCUCGAACACGCUUCUUUCCGGUCGGAACAUGCCCUGGGAGAAGGUUCUUUCGGCGCUGCUUCCACUGAAGAUUUGAUUCUUGGAAGCAGCAAUGGUAACAACAACAACAAGAGCAGGAGAAACUCAGAGGAGAUCUUGGUUAGACCUGAGGUUAUAUCAGAUCUCAAGAGCAUCGCAGAGACUAUGUUUGCUUCGGGGUACGACCGCGAGUGUAUCCAGGUGUGUACCACGGUUAGGAAACAGGCUCUUGACGAGUUUCUUUACGACCACGAGGUGGAGAAGCUGAGUAUCGAAGAUGUGUUGAAGAUGGAUUGGGCUACGUUGAAUACUAACAUCAAGAAAUGGGUUCGAGUAAUGAGAAAUAUUGUGCAGGUGUACUUAGUCAGCGAGAAGUCUCUGCUCACUCAGAUCUUCGGGGAGGAGACGUGUUUUGUGGAUACAGUGAAGGCUCCUGUGAUGCAGCUGCUCAACUUCGGCGAAGCGGUGUCUCUCGGUCCACGGCAGCCCGAGAAGUUGCUCAGGAUACUCGAGAUGUACGAGCUGGCGUCAGAGCUUUUACCGGAGAUAGAUGCGCUCUUUUCAGAAUCGUCGUCCGUGAGGGGAGAGUACAGAGAAGUGAUGAGGAGGCUUGGCGACUGCGCGAGAGCGACGUUUCUCGAGUUCAAGGGUGCUAUUGCUUCUGAUGUUUCCUCUCAUCCUUUCCCUGGAGGAGCGGUUCACCCGCUCACGAACUACGUGAUGAACUACCUCAUGGCGUUGACUGACUUCAGCCAGACGCUUGACUCGCUUCUCAUGGAGCAUGAUGAUGUGGAGGAUCUCACAAUACCUCCGUCUCCCGAUGUUAUGGUGGUGGUGGAAGAAGAGUCUGGUUACGAGAACUCUUCUUCUACUUCUCCGGAGAAGUUUUUGGCGAUGACUAAGCAUUUCUACUCUAUAACAUCGGUUCUUGAAUCUAACCUCGAAGAGAAAGCGAAGCUCUACAGAGACGUCUCUCUGAGGCACAUCUUUCUCUUGAACAACAUUCAUUACAUGACCAGGAAAGUGCUCAAGUCCGAGCUGAAGCAUAUCUUUGGGGACAAGUGGAACAGAAAACAUACGUGGAAGUUUCAGCAGCAAGCAACGGAGUACGAACGCUCCACCUGGCUUCCUGUCCUGUCCUUCCUCAAGGACGACGGGUCAGGAUCUGGUUCUGGCUCAGGUUCUGGUUCAAGAAGCUUGAAACCGAGGGAGAGGUUUCAAGGAUUCAACACUGCGUUUGAGGAAGUGUACAAGGCGCAGACCGGGUGGCUGAUCUCGGACGAGAGGCUGAGAGAAGAUGUGAGGACGAAGGCGUCCAUGUGGGUGAUCCAAGCGUACUGGACGUUUUACAGUAGACACAAGAACAGUGUGAGUGAGAGGUAUAUCAAGUACAGUACUGAUGAUCUUGAGAGGCUCUUGUUGGAUCUCUUUGCUGGUUCUUCUAAAUCCUUGAACAAUUCUUACAGAAGAUGAAAAAGUGAAUCAGAUGAUUUAUUAAACUUUUAUGUUAUUGGUAUACUUUGUUUAAACAUGUUUGUAUUGAAUUUAUUUGACCUUGUAAUAUUUAUUAUUAUUCAUCAUCUCAUGAA